AGUACUCCACAAUCUACGCAGUUGACAAUUGGGUAUUACCAAAAGGAAAUAAAGUCCCCAACAAAAGGAAUCAAGGAAAAACAAAACACAAAGAGAAUUUCCUCUUCUAUCAUUUUGCUGUGUAUUACCGUAUUCAAAAACGCUUGGGCAGGCGAAGGUUGGUUGAAGAUCGAGGGGACGAACGAGCAGUUGAAUCUCUAUAUGCAGAAACAUCACACCAAAUACUGGUUGCUGUAGUUAUUUUAUUAGUUCAUAGCGUAGAUUUGGAGUUGGAAGUGAAGUAGAAACAGAGCUAAGAAACUAGUUUUUGUUAUUUUUUGCUCGGAGAAGAACUAGCGAAGACCUGAUCAUUUGCUUUCUCCCCACAGAAAUUCAUUUUCCGGUAUCAGAUUUCUCAGGUACUUAUCGCCAUUUUUCUUCUCUAACCCUGUCUUUACAUAUGAUUCAUAAAUGUAGGGAGAAAAGAAUUGACCUAGUUGUUUUCCUGAACUGUUGAAUUGGUAUAAGAAUUUUAGACAUACCCUGUAAACUUGUUGUUAGUAUUCUUCUAAAUCCAAUGGUAAUUGUUUAAGAAAGAAUGGAGGAAGAUUGGUCUAUUUACUCACAUAGUCCAGCACAUUUGGCUGUGGCUAGAAGAGACUACGCUGCUUUAAACAGGAUUAUUGCUUCAUUGCCCCGUCUGGCCAAGGCUGGGGAGGUGAAAACAGAGGAGGAUUCUCUGGCUGCUGAAAAAGAAGCUGAUGCCCUUUCUUCAGUGAUUGACAGUAGAGAUGUCCCGGGUCGGGAAACCCCUCUCCACCUAGCCGUCAAAUUAAGAGACCCAAAUUCGGUCGAGAUUCUAAUGUCUGCCGGGGCCAACUGGAGUCUCCAAAACGGUCAAGGGUGGAGUGCCCUACAGGAGGCUGUGUGUUUAAAGGAGGAGAAAAUAGCCAUCAUCAUUGCCAGAUAUUAUCAACCCUUCGCCUGGGCCAAGUGGUGUAGAAGGCUCCCUAUGAUUUUGGCAACCACUUCACGGAUCCGUGAUUUUUACAUGGAGAUCACCUUCCAUUUUGAGAGCUCCGUGAUACCCUUCAUUGGUAGAGUUGCCCCAUCCGACACCUACCGAAUUUGGAAACGGGGAACCAAUCUCCGUGCUGAUAUGACCUUAGCUGGAUUUGACGGGUUUCGGAUCCAACGGUCGGAUCAAACCUUUCUUUUCCUCGGUGAUGGGUAUUCAUCAAAAGAUAUAUCUUUGCCUGCGGGAUCGUUGGUAGUUCUCUCCCAUAAGGGGAAAGUAAUAAAGAAUGCUUUUGAAGGUGCUGGAAUCCAGCCCACAGAAGAUGAAGUUGCCCAUGAAGUGUCUUUGAUGUCCCAAACUAAUAUGUACAGGCCAGGUAUAGACGUGACCCAAGCUGAAUUGGUCCCUCUUUUGAAUUGGAGGCGUCAAGAGAGGACCGAAAUGGUUGGUGAAUGGAAAGCAAGGGUUUAUGAUAUGCUUAACGUGAUGAUUAGUGUGAAGUCAAGGAGGGUCCCGGGUGCAAUGACAGACGAGGAGCUAUUUUCUCAAGAGCAAGCAGGAGACGUUCAUUAUUGCGAAAAUGACCUCACGGCUGAGGAAAGGAUGCAGUUAGAUUCUGCACUUAAGGGUAGCCAUUUUGACAAGCUUGCUGAUAGUGAGGAAUCCAAUGGUAUUGCUAAAGAAAAGAAAAGUUGGUUUGGUUCGACUAAAAAAAAUUCAAAGAACGGGGAAAACCAUAAUUUAUUACCAUCAGGUGUUUCUAAGGAGGGUAGUGGCGAAGUAAAAAAAGGGAAGGAUAAAAACGGGAAAAAGAAGAAGCAAGGGACAACAAGUGAGUCAAAGAAUGAGAGCGAGUAUAAGAAGGGAUUAAGACCUGUUCUAUGUUUGACACCGGAUUUUCCAUUGAAGACUGAAGAAUUACUGCCGUUACUUGAUAUAUUAGCCAACAAGGUAAAAGCUGUUAGGAGAAUAAGGGAGCUUUUGACCACAAAGCUUCCCAAUGGUAUGUUUCCUGUAAAGCUUUCCAUCCCUCUAGUUCCAACUAUUCGUGUUGUGGUCACAUUUACAAAAUUCGAGGAACUUCCUCUAUUGGAAGAGUUUUCAACUCCCCUCUCCAGCCCCACCCAUUUCCAAGAUGCCAAAUCUAAAGAAUCAGAGACUUUAAACUCCUCAUGGAUUUCAUCAUGGGUGAGAGGGAGUAGUGGCCAACAAUCUAUUGACAGUGAAAGUUGUGAGGAGAUUGACCCUUUCCACAUUCCACCAGAUUAUGUCUGGGUUGAUUCCAUUGAAAAGAAACGUCGAGUGAAAUCCAAGAAAGGGAAGCACAAAAAAACAGACCGAGGGGCGCCAGAUGAGUGAUGCCUGGUGGAAAUGAAAAGGGCAGUUUUGCCUUUUCCAAUUAAGAGAGGUAAGAAAAGGUUCGUUUUGCACAUACAGGCUCUCAUAGGCUUCACUCCUUGUGCUUUGUUGGACAUUUUUCCACCUUUAACCACUCACUCACUAUGGUGGCAAUGACGCUUUUGGGUAGUGUGUCUUAAACUUAUGUCAUUCGACUGUUGUGAUUGAGAUACUUUUGGAGUAUAUUUUCAAUUUUUUACACUCUUAGUUCUCUGACUGCCAUGGCAAUGACAUUUUUGGUCCUUCAAUCAUUGUGACAAUGACAUUUUUGUCCUCUAACUAUUAUGGCAAAAUUUAAAGACAUGUACCAAAAGUGUCAGUCUUAAAUUGUCGAACAACUGAAAGUGGAAAAGUUCAAAUUUGGAUAUUAAUAAGUGUUUUGUCACGAAAAUCCGAAGAUUGAAUGUAGAAAUAUUCAAAGAUGAGUACUAACAGUGCAAUUGACAUUGAGAGGAUUAAAAGGAAUUGUUGUGAUGUUAUACUCCA